CAUGCAGGCUUUGUCAUUCUAAGGGUUGGAAAGGGUAGAGUUAGAAAAUUUCCGAAACAGUCAAAUUUGCAAUAAUUCUGUGGUGAGCUUAACAACGGAUUGUCGCGAAUGAUGUCACGCUGAUGUCACGUUAAAGUCUGGGCCAUAUCACUUGCGAAAACUACAAACACCCACACCCACAUUUUCAUCAAAAGUGGCAAUAUUAUGAAAAAUUGCUGCUCUUGAUGAUCUUGUAUGUGAAUGUGAAUGUUGCACUUAGUCUUGAAAAAAAAAGAGACGUCUGUUUGUGAAUUUCCGUCCUGACAUUUAUUGUUCCAAUAAGCAACAAUCAAUAUUGUGUGUUGGGUAGUAUAUUUUCGUGAUUGUACGUCACAGAGUGGUUCAUUAAUGUUUCUGGUGCAAGGCUUAGUUGCUCUCGAUGACCCUCAAGCUCCAGCAAAUCUCAUUCUUAAUUUGUGGAGGAGUGCCCAACAACCUGAUCUUUGAUCCUUGCAUAGUGUGACUUUGUGAGGCCAUAGCAUUAUUAUUUAUGGCCUGGAAGGAUCUCAAGUCUAAUUAUGAGAUGUUUCCUCAUCCAAAGUUGAAGCUAAUCAAGGGCUAUGCUGGCAUUGAGUAGGCUUGCCAUCCUGCCCAUUGCCUCAGAUGCUAUGUUAGAAGUGAAGGAGAAAAGUGGCAGAUCACCUCCAUUUAUGAAGGCUGGACUUCCUUCUAAACUGUCGUCUGGGGAUACAGUCCAUUCAGCUGAAUUUGAAAUCAAUCACGUUCCUGCUUCAGCUCGCAACCUCCUGACAAAGGGGGUGAUUCAAGACGAAAUCAGUUCCUACUCAGGUGCUGCUGUGUCAACACGUGGACGAUAUUUCCACUCAGAGGAUAGUGCACAUAGCUUUGGUGAACGCCCUCUUUAUCUUUACAUCCAAGGCCCCUCUAAAAAUUCUGUGAAUUUGGCCAUAGAGAAAAUUGAACAAGUUGUAAUGAAUCACAGUGUUCAAAAUGGUCCUCCUCCAUCUCAACCUCGUCAGUCACGUUUCAAGAUGGGACCACCUCAAACCAGUUUGCCACCUCCCUCAAUUUUACCAACACAAUUUACAUCAGUACCACCCCCCAUGAUAAAUAUCCCCUCUCAAGUUCAAAGUCCCACAAUAGCUGAAAAGGUCAUAACAGGAAUGGAUAAUGCUCCUGUGACCUUUGACUUGCGCAACAAGCUCCUUGGAGUUGGUGGUGCUAACUUGCAAUACAUGCGUAAUGAAACAGGUGCUAUGGUCACAUUGCGUGGCAAAGGAUCUGGUUUCAUUGAACCCUCUACUGGAACAGAGUCACUAGAGCCACUUCAUUUUUACAUCGAACAUCCUAGACCUGAAGGAGUUCGAGAAGCUCGUACAUUAGCCAUCAACCUUAUUGAAACACUCCAGCAAGAGCUCCAACAACAGCAGCAGCAGCAGCACCAACAGCAGCAGCAGCAACAACAGCAACAGCAACAACAUUUGUUGGCUUUCCAGCAAGGAGCCAUCCAAACUGUGCAACUGGGAUCUGUUGGCCAGACGGGCUUACUUGCUCUGCCUCCAGAAAUGUUACAACAAGCGGGCCUAGUCACAACUUCAAUUGGAAAUAUAAAUGUGCCCACAAUUCUUACUCAGCAACAUGUUGGACCUCUGGUCGUGCCUCCGCCUCCCAUUGGGAUUCCACCCCCAAACAUGGUACAGGCACAGCAACAACAGAUUCCACAGCAGCAGUUAAUUCAGGCACAAGUCCAGCUUCCACCUCCCGGUGUGCACAUCCCUACCCACCAAGGACCCUUGGUACCGCCUCAACAGCAACAGUCCCAGCAACAGCAGCCACCUCAGCCACAGCACCUGGUGCACCAAGUCCACCAUUUACAGCCUCACAAUGCUCAGUUUCAGUUGGCUCCAACUAGUCAGCAGCCACCACAGAUUCAGCAACAUAUGCUUGCUCAACCUCCUCCUCCGCUCCAGCAAGUAAUACUGAGCCAAGCUCCUCCCUCCAUGACAACUCAGACUCAAACCCAGCAGGUGUUGGGGCUGUUCCAGCAGCCGCCGCCUCAGCCUCCUCAGCAAGGCCAGCAGCAACCUCUGUACGUCCAGGCAGGCCUCUCCCUCAUGCACCAGCCUCCCCCCAUGGUGAAUGCCCAGCUGCAGUUCCAGCUUCCUCCCCAGCAAAGCCAGCCGCCUCCUCAGCAACAGCAGAUUAUUUCAGUGCCACCUCCACCCCCACCUCCGCCACAGCAACCCCAGCAACCCCAGCAUUCACAAGCUGGCCAACAAGUGCAGGCUAACUUCAUCAGUCAAUCCGUUCCAAUGCAGUAUACAUUGCAGUUCCAGCAAAGUAACCAUCCCUCAAGCUCCCCAGCCCCCAUGAUGCAAGGCCCUCCACAUCAACAGAUGUUGGAUCACUCACAAGCUCAGCAAUCAAAUCAUAUACUUCAUAAUCAGGGUGGUUAUGUUCAGAUGACGAGCCAGGCUCAGGCUCCGUCAGGGACUCAGGCUGUGGUCCAAGUGCCCCCUCCGAUGCAUCCGGGAAUGAUGGGGCCCCCUCACAUGCAGCAACAACCGCCACAGCAAUCAGUCGCUGUUCCCUUACCUGUCCCUGCGCCAGCACCUCCCCUCACCUCAACACAGGUGUCGUCUGCCAAUUAUGGCGCCUACCAACCAGGCAUAAUGACUCAGUCUGGCGUGCCUCUACACCAGCAGCAACUUCCCCCCCACCUCCAGCAGCACAUUCCUUACCAACUUCCACCAGGGAACCAGAGUCCAAUGCAUGGGCAGACUGCGCCUCAUGGGCCUAGCUCGCCUAGUGUCCAGCAGCCUCAGCAAGACCGCAAGAGUCCCAAUGCUCAAGAUACUGGACAAAGUUCUAGACAAGGAUCAUCCCAGAACCAACAGUCAGCUCAACAGAAUCAGGAGCGGCGGCCCUCACCGCAGCCCCAUCAACGACAGGGAAUAGGUAUUGAGGAGCUGAUUCAGAUGAACCAUCAGCAACGGCAGCAGCUAAGUGUGCAACCGGGCGGCGCUCAAAACGGCCCGCAAGGCCCCACUAGCCGCGACCGCGACAAGACAACGAUGCAUCAAACGUCAUCUGCCAUUGGUCAAGAUAACUGGUGUGAUGGCAGUGGAAAUUCGAGCCAAGACCCUCAAAACCAAAACAAAGGAGAUAAAUGCAACGAUGAACGUGAUGGGAAGACUCCCUCAGGAUCCUACGACGAAGAGGACCCCAGGGACCACGGCCGGGAGCGAGACCGUGACCGAGAGCGCGACAGAGACAGAGACAGGCAACGAGACUUGGAGCGCAGGGAGGCGCGGGACAGCAAUGGCCGCGCCGACUACAACGGCCCUUUCGCUCGCGGACGCUCCAACAACAACAACAACGGUGGCGGCAGCAGCAACAACAACGGGCGCGGGGGAGGCGAAGAGGGGCGUGACCGUGACCGGGAGCGAGACAGAGACCUGCGCGACAGGGACCGGGACCGGGACCGGGAGCGCGACAGAGACAGGGAGCGGCCUACGUACAACCACUACCAGUCCAAGCCGCAGCUCUACAACCCCAACCUGCCCUUCCACAUGCACGCGCCCCCGCCCCCGCCGCCCCCCGCCCCAGGGGCCCAAGGGGGGCAGUCGCCCUCGCAGUCGCAGGGGCCGCCGCCCCAGCAGCAGCACCAACAGCAGCAACAGCAACAGCAGCAGCAGCCCCAGGGCGGGCAGCAGCAGUACCAGCAAUACCAAGGCUAUUACCAGGGCUGGGGCCUGAACCCCUACGCGUGGAUGGGGCAGUGACCACGGCUCUGCACCUUCAAGUGUACCUAACGUCACAAAUGGACUCGCACGCUCUGCGCUGCGGGCUUUGUGAAUCAAUAUGUAUUUCUGUGAUGUUUUUCUUGACUGUAGGCGGAAGGAUCGCUGCGUCCUUGGCAUGAAAAACUGUCAAUACCAAAGCAAAUAAUAUAUUUGGAGCUGUGACCAGCUUUGUUGGCUGACUUCUAGGGUCAUUGUGUAAAUACUCACAUCUCAAUUUGUCUGUUGUGCCAUGAAGUCUUAUUUGCACUCAACAAAUCAUCAGUUGUUGAUCUGUAAAAAAAUUUAUUUCAGAAGGUGUAUAGAUCUGUCCCAAUUUACUGCUCAUUCAGCUGUUACUUUUGAAUAAAUUCCAACAAAGCAAGUUGUCCCAUCUUGUAUCUUGCAAGGGGAAUUUUGGGCAGUGCUGUCUAAACUUGUGAAUAUUUUUUUUUUAGAUUUUGAUGUGGAAACUACCUUGUUUUCUGAUAAUUUUUUUUUAAAGAGUCAUGUGAUAGUUGAGCUUGAAAGUACUUUAACAUUAUGAUGUUGUACCUUUCCUUAGUUUGCUCAUAAGAUAGUAAUGUUAUUAUUUCAAAGACAAAUCAGUGCAAAGUUUGCAUGAAUCUAAAUAUUUGUAUAAAGAUGUUGUGUUUCUCUGUUCUUAUUCAAUCUCUGUAAGAGUCAGAAUAUUUAUGUUUGCUAAAAAGAUUUGAACAUAGAUUCUGAAAGACUACAUUACAGUUCGAUCUUACACUUUGUCGGCGACUGUGAUAAAAAUGAAUAAAUGUUACAGAAUUCAA